ACCGCAGAACGAAUGUUGUGGAAGGCGUCCGGCUUUCAUUCAGCUGCAACAACCACCACCAAAGUUGUGUGUCAUUCUUACGCGUUUACUUAGCUAUUUUGUUUAAUUUUCGCCAUGGCCGUCGUAGAACCCUUUGCAGGAAGCCGUCCCAUGGAAGCAAACCGUUUCUCGCCCUAUUCUGAUAACGGAGGCACCGUGGUUGCCAUUGCUGGCGAAGAUUUCUCCGUGAUCGGCUCCGACACCCGUCUGACCGUCGGCUAUGCCAUCAACACCCGAGAGCAGAGCAAGCUCUUCCGUCUCUCUGACAAGACUGUCCUCGGCUCAUGUGGCUGCUGGUGCGAUGUGUUGACCCUCACCCGUGUUCUCACUGCUCGCUUGCAGAUGUACAACCAUGAGCACCAGAAAGUGAUGAGCACGCCAGCUGUGGCUCAGCUCCUCUCUACCAUGCUAUACUACAAGAGGUUCUUCCCUUACUACGUGUCGAACAUCCUUGCUGGUCUUGAUGCUGAAGGCAAGGGAGCUGUCUACCACUAUGACCCUGUGGGCCAUUAUGAACGGAACCAUUAUUACGCCGGAGGAGCUUCAAGUGCCUUGUUGCAACCUUUCCUGGACAACCAGGUGGGAUUGAAAAAUAUGACCAAUGCUACCAAGGAGCCCAUUACUCGCGAGCGUGCUGUUGCUAUCAUCAAGGACGCUUUCAUUUCUGCUGCUGAGCGAGAAAUUCACACUGGUGAUGCUGUUAUGAUUAGCAUUAUUGAUAAGAAUGGUAUUAAGGAGGAGAGAUUCUCCCUGCGUAAAGAUUAAGUUUUGGUACAGGUUUCUAUCAUGUCUUUUGCCUACAAUAAAUAAGAAUUUUACUUUAAA